AUGUUUAUGAAACAAAUUCCUUCUUUAAAAGAAUUGAAAUGUGAUUCAACUGAAAAUCUUUCAAACGCUUCCUUUAUACACUUUCCGGGAUCGUUAGAAUGUUUAAAAAAUCUUUCAGUAUUAAAGUGUAGUUCAGGCGUUUAUCCCGAAUUCUUUUAUCAACUAUCCCAAUCGUGUCAUAACAUCCAAUCACUAACUAUAAAAGUCAAAUGUGAGAUCUCAAAUGGAUUAAUAGAUUUAAUCUCGUUGCAAAAUAAUCUAAAACAUUUAACCUUAAUAAUAAUACAAACAAGUUUUGACAAUCAAUGGACCGAGAUCAUACCUUCGUUGACAAAUCACUCAAAAACCUUGAUCAAAUUACGAAUUUACGGGGGAGAGAAUUAUGGACCUUUAUCAUUUAUCGCUGAUUUUAAAAAUUUACAAGAACUUUUCUUAUCAUUUUAUUAUUUAGAUACAUUUGGGGAUUUUAAAGAGUUGCAACACGUUGAUUUUCCGCAUUUGCGAAUUUUAAAAUUUCCGUACGGUUACCCAAAUCAUGAGUACCUAAUCAAAUUCUUGGAGAGAAAUGGAAAGAAUCUAAUAGAAUUUGACAUUGGUGACGAUAACGUCUAUUCAAAUUUAGCUAUAGCCAAAUUUUGCCCAAACCUUAGGAUCCUUUCUACUUUAAUAGAUGAUUUGUCAACAUUGGAAGAAAUUCUCAUUAAUUGUCAACAAUUGGAAAGUUUAAAAGUUUGGUGCGGUAAUGGAAAUGACUUUUUUAAUGAAAGUGAAUUAUUAGAACUUAUCGCAAAAUGUUCACCCAAAAUGUUUUAUGAAUUAAAGAUUUAUUACGCGGAAAACGUACAAUCAGAAUUGCUUUCAAAGGAACUGGAAUCAUUUUUAUCAAGUUGGACGAAUCGGACACCGCUUUCGCUGAUCAUUAUUAAUAAUAAUCGUUAUUGUUCAAAUAGUUUAGACACGAAAAAUGAAAAUUUGCGAAUAAUUGAAAAAUAUCAUAAAUUAGGUAUCAUCAAAAAAUUUAAAAUUUUGAUAGAUGAUGAUGAAUAA